AUGAAGAAACUAAUCGAUUCCAAACAAUAUAAAGAAGCUCUAGAUCUUUUCGAUCAACAAGCUGAAAUAUGUAACAAUUUUACUAUUGAUAUGGCAAUAAAAGCAUGUACAAUAUUGAAUGAUUACAAACGUGGUAUUACUAUUCAACAAAAGCUUUCAUCAAAUUUAUUGAAUAAUUCUUAUAUUCAAACAUCAUUAAUUCACUUUUAUAUGCAAUGUCAUGAUAUCGAUAAUGCGACUCGUCUAUUCUCUACAAUUACAAACAAAUCCAAUUAUAUCUAUACAGCUAUGUUCAAAGAUCUAAUGUCUAAUAACAUGCCGGACAAAGUGCUUGAUUUAUUAAAUGAAAUGACAAUUAAACCUAACAACUUUACUCUUACUAUUUUAUUUAAUGCAUGUGGUAAACUAGCCAAUGAUCGAGCGAUGAAGAUAGGAAAAAAACUUCUUGAUGAAAUACCUGAUAAUUAUCGAAAUGAUAAUAUCUUAUUAACUUCAGUAACGCAUAUGUUAAUGAAAUUUGGUGAUAUUCAAAGUGCUGAACGUGUCUUUCAUUCAAUUAAAGAGAAAAAUAUUAUUAAUUAUGGUGCUAUGAUGAAAGGAUACAUUGAAAAUGAAAUGUCAGAAAAAGCCUUGGAUUUAUUUGAACAAAUCCAUUUAAAAUUAGAUAAUGUAACUUAUACUAUUGUUUUUGAUGCAUGUGCUCAACUUGCAAAUGUUCGAGCAAUGAAGAUUGGAAGAAAACUUCUUCAUGAAAUGCCUGAUAAUUAUAAAAAUAAUAAUUUCAUAUCAAAUUCAGCAAUACAUAUGUUAAUGAAAUUUGGCGAUGUUCAAAGUGCUGAACGUAUUUUUCAUUCAAUUAAGGAGAAAAAUAUUAUUACUUAUGGUGCUAUGAUGAAAGGAUACAUUGGAAAUGAAAUGUCAGAAAAAGCCUUGGAUUUAUUUGAACAAAUCCAUUUAAAAUUAAAUACUAUAAUUUAUACUAUAGUUUUUAAUGCAUGUAGUCAACUAGCCAAUGAUCGAGCGAAGAAGAUUGGAAAAAAACUUCUUGAUGAAAUGCCUGAUAAUUAUCGAAAUGAUAAUGUUGUAUUAAAUUCAGCAACUCAUAUGUUAAUGAAAUUUGGUGAUAUUCAAAGUGCUGAACGUGUCUUUCAUUCAAUUAAAGAGAAAAAUAUUAUUACUUAUGGUGCUAUGAUGAAAGGAUACAUUGAAAAUGAAAUGUCAGAAAAAGCUUUAGAUUUAUUUGAACAAAUCCAUUUAAAAUUAAAUACUGUAAUUUAUACUAUAGUUUUUAAUGCAUGUAGUCAACUAGCCAAUGAUCGAGCAAAGAAGAUUGGAAAAAAACUUCUUGAUGAAAUGCCUGAUAAUUAUCGAAAUGAUAAUGUUGUAUUAACUUCAGCAAUACAUAUGUUAACGAAAUUUGGUGAUAUUCAAAGUGCUGAACGUGUCUUUCAUUCAAUUAAGGAGAAAAAUAUUAUUACUUAUGGUGCUAUGAUCAAAGGAUAUAUUGGAAAUGAAAUGUCAGAAAGAGCCUUGGAUUUAUUUGAACAAAUCCAUUUAAAGUUAGAUAGUGUAAUUCACACUAUAGUUUUUAAUGCAUGUAGCCAACUUGCAAAUGAUCGAGCAAUGAAGAUUGGAAAAAAACUUCUUUAUGAAAUGCAUGAUAAUUAUCGAAAUGAUAAUGUUGUAUUAACUUCAGCAAUACAUAUGUUAAUGAGAUUUGGUGAUAUUCAAAGUGCUGAACGUGUUUUUCAUUCAAUUAAAGAGAAAAAUAUUAUUACUUAUGGUGCUAUGAUGAAAGGAUAUAUUGAAAAUGAAAUGUCAGGAAAAACCUUAGAUUUAUUUGAACAAAUUCAUUUAAAGUUAGAUACUGUAUCCUAUGCUAUAGUUUUUAAUGCAUGUAGUCAACUUGCCAAUGAUCGAGCAAAGAAGAUUGGAAAAAAACUUUUUGAUGAAAUGCCUGAUAAUUAUCGAAAUGAUAAUGUUGUAUUAACUUCAGCAAUACAUAUGUUAACGAAAUUUGGUGAUAUUCAAAGUGCUGAACGUGUCUUUCAUUCAAUUAAGGAGAAAAAUAUUAUUACUUAUGGGGCUUUAAUGAAUGGCUACAAUAUGAAUGGUGAACCAUGGAAAUGUUUUGAGGUUUGGGAAGAAAUGAAACAACGAGAUAUUGUUCUGAAUCAGAUCAUAUGGACUAUACUCAUUGGUGCAUGUUCAAAAAUUGGUAUGAUUCGGCAAAGUCAGUAUAUUCUUCAUCAAGUUCCACUGCAUAUUCAAAAUCAAAAACAAGUACAAAACUCGGUGAUUCAUAUGUGGGGCAAAUGUGGUUCUGUUGAAAAAGCACGAAAUGUAUAUGAAUCAGUUGAUGAUCGUGAUACAUUGGUUUUUGAAGUUAAUGGAUUUGGACUUAAUGGAAUGGGUUCUGAAGCUAUUAAAUUAUAUAGAGAGAUGCCGAAUAAUCUACGUAAUGAAGUUACACAUAUUUGUGUUUUAAAUGCAUGUUCACAUUCGGGUUUUCUUCAUGAAGCUCAGAAUAUAUAUAAUGAAAUAUCUUUCAAAACAGAAAAAAUUGUCACUGUUAUGAUUGAUUGUUUCAGUCGUUUGUUUUUAUUUGAUGAAGCACAAAAGUUGAUAGAUGAAUAUGAAAAGAAAAACUCACCUAAUUUUGUGAUGUAUAUGUGUUUACUAUCUGGUGCACGUAAUAAUCGCAAUAAUAAUUUAUCUAAAAAGAUAUAUAAUCGAAUGAAAUCUUUGUUUCCUGAUGCAAAACAAGGUCUUGUAUCAGGUACAAUUCUUCUUGCGAACAUAUAUUCUUCUGUUGGUGAACAUCAACUGGCAAAGAACUUUCGAUAUAAUCAAAUAAAAGAAUUAGGAUCUAAAGUCAAAAUGGGAUUAUCAUGGACUUAUGUAAAUGGUGAAAUAGUGCAAUUUAAAGCUCAUGAUCAUUCACAUCCACGAUCAUCAGAAAUCUAUGCUGAACUUGAUCGUUUAACAGGUGAAUUAAUUGAACAUGGUUAUAAAUUUGAUUCUUCUUGGAUAACUCGUCAAUUACGUGAAGAAGAAACUAUCGAAUCAGUGUUGUGUGGUCAUAGUGAAAAAUUAGCAAUAGCGUAUAAUUUGAUUCAACGAUCUCUUCCAGAUUUUAUCCAAAUUACUAAAAAUCUUCGAGUCUGCGGUGAUUGUCAUGAAGCUACGAAACUUAUAGCUAAAAUUCGUCAAAUUGAUAUUAUUGUUCGUGAUGCCAAUAGAAUCCAUCAUUUUCACAAAAACGGACAAUGUUCAUGCCAAAAUCAUUUUUAA